AUGGAGGUGGAAGCAACAGGCCCGCGCCGCGCGCAGCAGCAACCAUGCAAGAACGGCAGCGCCAAGCAGCUCCCCAGCGACGCCGCUAAACCGCUCCGCCUCAACCCCCUCCUCGUCAUCAACUUCCUCCUCAUGGUCGUCGGCUCGGCGUUCGGCCCGCUCCUCCUCCGCGCCUACUUCCUCCACGGCGGGACCCGUAAGUGGCUCUCCAGCCUGCUCCAGACCGCCGGGUGGCCGCUCCUGCUCGCGCCGCUCAGCGCCUCCUUCCUCUCCCGUCGCCGGAGUCACAAAGACCGCGGCUCUGUCGCGCCGCUCUUCCUCAUGUCGCCCCGCCUCCUGGCCGCGACCGUCGCCAUCGGCUUCAUGACCGGCCUCGACGACCUCCUCUACGCCUACGGGCUGGCCUACCUCCCGGUGUCCACCUCCUCCAUCCUCAUCUCCACGCAGCUGGCCUUCACGGCCGCCUUCGCGCUGCUGCUCGUGCGCCAGCGGUUCACGGCCUUCUCCGUGAACGCCGUGGUGCUGCUCAGCGUCGGCGCCGCCAUGCUGGGGAUGAACGCCGGAGGUGACCGCCCCGCGGGGGUGACGCGGGCGCAGUACUCCGCCGGGUUCGGCAUGACGCUGGGCGCCGCGGCGCUCUACGGCCUCAUGCUGCCCGUCAUGGAGCUCAGCCAAGCGAAGCACGCGGCGAGGACCGGCGCGGCCGUCACGUACACCCUCGUCAUGGAGAUGCAGAUCGUCAUCGGGUUCACCGCCACGGCCUUCAGUGCGGUCGGGAUGCUUGUGAACAACGAUUUCCACGCUAUCCCAAGAGAAGCCCGGGAGUUCGGGCUCGGCCAGAUUGGCUACUACCUACUGCUGGCCGCCUCGGCCAUUGUGUACCAGUUCUUCUUCCUCGGCACCAUUGGUGCCAUCUUCUAUGGCUCAGCGCUGCUCGCCGGUGUCAUCAUGACCGUGCUCAUCCCAGUGACUGAGGUGCUUGCUGUCCUAUUCUUCCAUGAGCCAUUCAACGGUACCAAAGCCGAUCGAUGCUGCCUCUGGAUGAACAGUGAGCGUUGCGGGGGUUUGGAUGAACAGUUCCCGGUGGGGGUGGAUGAACAGGACCCCGUGGUGUUGCCUUUGGAUGAACAGGACUCCGAUCGAUCGAGCCGGUUGGGGCUGGAUGAACAGGCCCCCGUGGAGGGCUGGAUGAAUAGGACCACCCCAUGGAGGGCAGGAUGA